AUGGGAGAAGGUGGAGGAGAAGAAGAAGAAGACGCGGAUCUCGCCUUAGCCAGAGCUUUACAGGCGCAAUAUAACGAAGAAGAAGAAGAAGAAGAAGAAUUCGGGUACGGGACCUCGGACUCGGAGGGUGACUUCCGACCAGGAGGUGCAAAGAGAAAGAGAAAGAAAAAGAAGAAGAAAGCGGUGGCGCCUGCUCCUCCUCCACCGCCGAAAGAACCGAAACCGAAGAAAGAACCGAAACCUGUGAUCGUAAAAGAGCGGAAACCUCCCGCUCCGCCGAAAGAUCCAAACAGAAAGAAGCCGCAAAAGUCCGUCUACGAUGGCGUCGAUUUGAAACUCUUGAUUUCGUUGAAACUUUUGAAAUUCGGCGAGAAGCGAAUAGCACACGCGCAUCCGUUGAACGGGGAAGAAGAGAACAAACUCGUCGCGGAUUUAUUGGAAGACGGGACGAUUCAACUGAAUGCAAAUUACGAUGGUAAUAACGCAGAGGCGAAGAAUUUCAAGUCCGCGGCGUCGUUCUCGAUGUUUGUGAAGAAACUCACCAAUCCGGCGAUAAAAUUCACAGACGGCUGGGCAAACGUGAAAUACGACGUGCACAAUAAAGAUGAAGUUGAAAAAGAAGAAAGCGCGAAAGAACCGCGAUGGGUGAGUUUAAAAGAAAUUCGAGCGAGGAUCGAUCCAGAAAACGUCGAGAACAUCUUGCCUCCAAAACCGCCGCCGGAACCAAAACCGCCGAAGAAAGUGAAAGAACCGAAACCACCGAAAGAACCAAAGCCGGUAAAACCGCCAAAAUCGCCAAAGAAGAAAAAGCGUUCGGCACAAGAGCAGGAAUUGGCUCGCGCGCAAAAAUACGCCAACCUCGACGGGCCGAGUCUAGCGAGAGAUAAGCCGCAACGUGAAAGGAAGAAAACGAGACACAACUACGGGAAUGGGAACGAGGAAGAUACGGAUUUACACAUGGUCUCGUGCGAGAACUAUCGCGAACCGAAAGUUCGAAACGUGACUACGAAAGGUGCACAGCCGUUUGAUAUGCUCGUUUCUCCGUCGUGUCUACUCGUCAUGGAUUACCACUCGCACUUAUGUUCGAACGAAAUCAUCGGUUUCCUCGGCGGCACCUGGGACGGGGAGAAACGAGAGUUGAAAAUCACUCGCGCGUUACCGGCCAAGCAGUUGCCUUUAUCCGAGGAAGAUGGAAACGCCGGUCAAGAGGUCGAACUCGACCCGUCGUCCGUUCCGGAUAUUGUCGAGAAACUGGAUGCAAACGGAGAGCGAGUUGUUGGAUGGUAUCAUUCGCACCCGGUAUUUCCCAAUCAACCGAGUUUGAGAGACAUCGAAAAUCAAUCAAACUAUCAAAAAUUGUUCAACGACGCGGAAGUUAUCGACGACGGCGAUAACAUGAGCGAAGAGAAGUACGCGAUGUUUAUGCGGCGUAAAAAUUGUCCGUUCGUAGGUGCUAUUGUUGGUCCAUACGACCUCAGAAACCCAUCCGCAGUAAGCGAUAUUCGAUACUUUCACGUUUGCUCGGACGACCCGAAGGAGACGAACCCGCGAAACUUCACGCCGUUUCAGUUGGAACAAGAGAUCAUAGACGGAAGCAGCGGUAGCGAUAUGGUCAUCGAUGCACCCUCAAAUGAGGCGACUAACAACGUGAACAACAGCGCGAGUAAAGAAAACAAGGAACCUGGCGUUUUUGCAACAGAGGCGGCGCCGGCUUCUCCGGCGGUUGCAUCGGCAGGAGCAUCCGCAGAGGCGAAGGAUGGCGAAGGUGACGAGAAAAAAGACGAAACUUUAUCCGAUCGAGUCGAGAAAGGAGAAGAAAAACAAGAAAAAGAAGAAAAGGGAGACAAAACCGAGGCUGCUAAGAAACUACCGGCCACGCAAGUUCAAAUGCAGGAAUCAUCAAUCCAUGAGAAUUUUGGCACCGAAGAUGCCAUGCGAGAGAUGAAAGUCUUGACCGAACGCUUCAAGCCUGGCGCGGAAGAAGCCGCGUACGUCGAAAGCGUUCUCAUGAAUGAAGUGUGGAAAGACGGCGAGACGAAAAUCAACAAACUGGAGAAGAGUUUAUUGGCCAGAUGUCCUUCGCAAUGGAUGAGAAACGACAAAGAGACGUACAUCGCGGAGAUUAUAGGCUGCUUGAAAUCCACCUGGGAACUCGAACCAAAUCCGCACGCAUACAUAAAACCUGCUGUGGAAUAG